CAUCGCCAUUCCGCGGCGCGGCGCGCGGGCGAGGGCCGGGAGCGGAGCGGGCCUCGCGCACCCACCGUUGCCCCGUGGCCGUUGGCGGGACCGGGCCGCGCGGCGCUGAGCCCCGCCCCCCCCGCCAUGGAGGAGAAGGGCUUCUCCAAGGAGCUGGACCAGUGGAUCGAGCAGCUCAACGAGUGCAAGCAGCUGAGCGAGAGCCAGGUGCGGAGCCUGUGCGAGAAGGCUAAAGAAAUACUUACAAAAGAAUCAAAUGUGCAGGAGGUGCGUUGCCCUGUUACAGUGUGUGGGGAUGUCCAUGGUCAAUUCCAUGAUCUUAUGGAACUCUUCAGAAUUGGUGGGAAAUCGCCAGACACCAACUACCUGUUCAUGGGAGACUAUGUGGAUAGAGGCUAUUAUUCGGUGGAAACAGUGACUCUUCUUGUAGCGCUAAAGGUGCGUUAUCCAGAACGCAUUACAAUACUGAGAGGAAAUCAUGAGAGCAGACAAAUUACACAAGUGUAUGGCUUUUAUGAUGAGUGUCUACGAAAGUAUGGAAAUGCCAAUGUUUGGAAGUAUUUCACAGAUCUGUUUGAUUAUCUUCCACUUACAGCUCUAGUAGAUGGCCAGAUAUUCUGUCUCCAUGGGGGUCUCUCUCCAUCUAUAGAUACACUGGAUCAUAUCAGAGCUCUGGAUCGUCUACAGGAAGUUCCACAUGAGGGCCCAAUGUGUGAUCUUUUAUGGUCAGAUCCAGAUGAUCGUGGAGGCUGGGGUAUUUCUCCACGUGGUGCUGGCUACACGUUUGGACAGGAUAUCUCUGAAACAUUUAACCAUGCCAAUGGUCUUACACUGGUCUCCCGUGCUCACCAACUUGUGAUGGAGGGGUACAACUGGUGUCAUGAUCGAAAUGUGGUUACCAUUUUCAGUGCACCCAAUUACUGUUAUCGUUGUGGGAACCAGGCUGCUAUCAUGGAACUAGAUGACACUUUAAAAUAUUCCUUCCUUCAAUUUGACCCUGCACCUCGUCGUGGAGAGCCUCAUGUUACCCGUCGUACUCCAGACUACUUUCUAUAAACAUCUCCUCACACCGCCCUUUGUAGGAGGAAGUACACUUGGCAUUUUAAAAAAACAAUAAUUUACACAUUUCUCUAAGGAAUUGGGAUCUGUCUCGGCCUAAAACCCCCAUCAUGGACCAAAAUGUGCCAUACUGAGGAUGAGCAUUUAGCACAAUUUGAGACUGAAUUCAGUACCACACUAUAUAUCUUAUACCAAUCAGUCCAACAGUCAGUUUGCCUGCUGUAUUUGUAGUAAUUGUUUUCUUCUGGACUGUUCAAAGAGAAGAGGUAAUUCUAACACUUUCAACUCCUUUUAUGCUUAUUUGUAAAUUUAGUUGUAGUGUUUAACUGGCAUUAAUUAGAGUUUGGAGUUUAUUUUUAAGGACAAUAUAACUAACUUCUCGGUCAACCCACCACCCUUUGUUUUAUUGACAUGUAUGAUUAACUUAACUGGAGAAUGGAAAUAGUUCCUGUUGGGAGUAUGUUGUCAUAACAUUUAAAGAGCUUUCCCUUUUUUAGUUAACAUACCAUUCUGUGUUGAUCCUAUCUUUUUUUUCUGUAUAUUUGUCAUGGAAGUGCUUGCAUCUUAUCUGGUGUAUUUGAACAAAUAAACUUGCAAUUGUAAACCAAAACA